CUUGUAUCUCUCUAUCUCUCUUUAUACACAGACACACUUUCAACAUAUAUAUCCAUAUGGAGGCCAUGAAGUCAUCGAAAAUUUUAUUCAGCUUGCUCGGGCUGCUUAUGGCCAUCGGCAACAUUCUAUAUGCGACACCAACAAGUGAAAAUUUGCUGGUUAACAUAGAAAAUAGUACCACCAAUGAGCUUCCCUCGCCCGCCAGAAGUCUUGAACCAGGACGCUUCCUAGCCUCUAAGCCCCCACCAGCCAUGACAUGUGACAAGUACCCCAGAGUUUGCCGUGCCAAGGGCAGUGCAGGGCCCGACUGCUGCAAGAAACAGUGCGUUGAUGUAAUGAAGGAUAAGCUUAACUGUGGCAAAUGUGGGAAAAAGUGCAAGUAUUCAGAAAUAUGUUGCCAAGGAAGAUGUGUGAACCCAUCAAAUGAUGAGAAGAAUUGUGGCAAGUGUAACAACAGGUGCAAAAAGGGAAGUUCAUGUGUGUAUGGGUUGUGCAGCUAUGCUUAAUUAGUUGCUUUGAGUGAUGUGAGUUUAUCAUUUAUGGAUUCAAGGGCAUAAAUAUUAUACAAGAUAUGAUAUAUGCAUGUUAGGGUUAGGAAAAAUGAGUAUUAUAUAUGUUUUACAAUGCAUGCCAUGAAGAAGAUUAUUCGUUACCAAUAAAGGCAAGCCGUCACUCGUUGAUGGGCCUUUGCCCUUUGUGAGGAUUCAUGCAUUCUCUUUAUAGUUUUUGUUUGAUGAUCUAAUUAAUAAUCACGAUCAAUGUUAUUUAUGUUGAAUUCAU